UUGUUUCUUGCUUUGUUUGUAUGUUCUUUCCCUUUUGUUUUUAUGUAAUUGUUUAGGUAUGGUCUUGUAAAUUUAUCCGAGUCAUCUUUGUUCUUAGUUUCAGUUUAUUAUCGUUAUUACGUUAUAUUAUGCAAUGUCAUUCUGUGCUUUGAAAAGAAAGGAUAAAUAAGUUUCGUGCAGAAUAGUUAUUUGUACAUGCAAGGAACAUAAAACUCAGGCAGAAUUAGGACAGUGUGAGUGUGUGUGUGUGUGUGUGUGUGUGUGUGUGUGUGUGUGUGACUUUGGAGAUCAGGAUGAGCAGCCACAUAGUGAAUGAUACAAUGUAAUACCAAGCUGUAGGAGAACAUUAUGUAAAUAUAUAGAGGAUGAGUGAUGGCACAUGACUACUGAAUUGUUUUGUUGAGAGACUCUUGCACUCCUCUGGGUCUCAUCACACAAACUAGGACUCAGCAGUAGAUUAAUAUAUGCAGGGUUUAAUAUACAGGGAGGAACUAGGAUGAUAAUGAAUACACAGAAACUAGGACUCAGCAGUAGAUUAAUGUAUGCAGGGUUUAAAAUACAGGGAGAAAAUAGGAUGAUAAUAAAUACACAAACUAGGAUUCAUAGUGAUAGAUUCUAGUUAAAUAGAUCCAGGUUUAAGACACACAUAGUCAGAAACUAGCAGGAUAAUCAUUACUUCCCAAAUCAUACAUAGAGAUUACUGUCUUAUUCUUCUAUGACCAAAUCUUAGAGGCUCAUUGACUCGGUGCAGUUUAACAAGAGAGGAGUCAAGGGGUGCAUAGAGAAUACUAAGGGAAAAUUUUGACAAGAGCUUAAAGAGGAAAGAUUGUAAACUGAAUGGCCUUUUCACCAUCUUGCACUCUUCAAGACAAAACCUUAGAGGCACCUUUACUCACUGCAACUUUACAAAGAGGAGUUAGUAAUAAAACAAGGGGUGCAUAGAAGGAAAUUUUUGACAAGGGUUUAAAGAGGAAAGAUUGUAAACUGAAUGGUGUUUUCACCAUCUUGUAUUCUGAGGACAAAAUCUUAGAAGCUCAUUCACUCACUGCAACUUAACAAAGGAGGAGGAGGUUGUGAUGAAACAAGAGAUGCAUAGAGAGCAGUAAGAUGAAAAUUUGGACAAAGAUUUAAAGAGGAAAGAUUAGAAAGUGGCCUCUUCACCAGCUUAUAAUCUUAUGAUACAACAGAAUCUGGUUUAAGCAAUGCUUAAACCAGCAAGGUGAAGCAAGGCAUGCAUAGGGAACAGUAAGAGGAUGUUUGGAUAAAGAUUUGAGAAAGAAAACAAUUGAAAACUGACUGAUCUUUAUAAAAGCCAGUUUGUAUAAUGCAACUUAACAAGAGAAGGAAAUUAGUGAUGAAAGAAGAAAUGCAUAGAAAAUAUUAAGGGGAAGUUCAGACAAAGAUUCAAAGAGGACAAACUGAAAAGUGACUGGCCUUUUCACUAACCAAGAAGCUGGUUUAAAGACACUUAUCCUUCAAUAUUUGAUUAUUCUUUUGACUUCAACUAAGGGACUGGCACUCAAGUGGUCUUUUUUCAAAAUCUUUGUCACCUUUGACCAUUGCCCUCUUACACAGGAAAAGAAUGUAACUUAACAAACGAGGAGGAGGUUGUGAUGAAACAUGGAAAACUAGUACAUGGAUUUAAGAAGGAAAAAAUUGAAGUGUGUGUGUGACAGUCAUGAUCAGUGUAACUCGAGAUUCCACACUGUACGUCACCCUCUGUCAUAUUGUGAAGAAGCAAGGGAAAUGGUAGUUGAGUAUGAUAUGAUAAAGAUUUAGUUCACUGGAAAGCAGAAAGGAUAUAAAGAUUUAGUUCAUGGGAAAGCAGAAAGGAUAUUGUGCACUGUGUUGAUCUUUUGGGUUUAAAGAGGCUUAUGAGAUUAUGAAUGUGGACUGAUGUGCUAUAAAAUUAGAUUGAAUGAAGUGGAAGGAUGGUGUGCAGUGCAUAUGUAUGAAUGGGAUAUCCUAGGAUUGUCAGGAUUAUUUGUGUAUAUACUUAGCAAAAAUGUUGAAGCCUUUUCUAGUUAUUCUUUUUAUUUACCUAUCAGAAGCAUAAAUCUUGAGUUCUUUUCCACUAUUCUUUUUAUUUACUUAUCAGACAAGCACAAAUACCAAUAAUAUAUCAGAAAAGUUUCAUAUAUCCUGACUCAUCAUUAUAGGAAAGAAUGGUUGAUAAAUCAGUUUUUGGAAGUGAUUUAUUUCCAUUUAGAAGUUGGUCCUGAAAUAGUUAUUAUAAAAACUCAACACAAUCAUCAUUUGUUUUCCCACAUGGUUUUCAGUUAAUCUUGCUAUCAGCUGGACUUGCUUUCCUCACAGAUAUCAUGUCAUAAUUGUCUUGCCUCUUGAAAAAGAUUGAUUAACUUCCUCCACAGUAUUAGUGAUGAAUGAUUCACUACAAACCUUGAUAGUAAAGUAUCUCAAGGGGAAAGAUAAGUGGCAGUGACACAGAGUAGCCACCAGGGUGUUUGAGCCACUGAGCCACAGCAAGCAGUGCAGGAGCUCACUGACUCUCACUGGGAGGCACGGCUCCAGUGACUUGUCCCUACCAAUGUGUCUGUGUGUGGGGGACAUUCCACCACUGUAUGGAGUAUGGUGUUAUGAUGGGUGACCAAGUGGUGGACAUCAAUGUUGCUACAGUGGAGGACCUGGAGACCUUGGUGGGUGUGGGCCGUGCCAAGGCGGAGGCCAUUGUCAACACCCGCACUUCAAUGGUGGAGUUCGGCAGUGUGGAGGACCUGCUGGCAGUGCCAGGCAUCGGCCGGAGUCUGAUUGAACAAAACCGUGUGUGUCUGGUGUGUCGGCCGCUGUCUGGGGCUGGCACGGCGCCCCUCACCCGCCAUGCCGCUGCCCGCCGCAGCCUCCGUCGCGCCUCCCAUGACACCCGGCCACGCCCAGAGCCCCAGCAUGAGCCCCAGGCAGAAGGGCCAGUCACUGGUGGCCGGCUGUCCCGUGGGGCCACCAGGGAGCAAACUGGGGAACACUCCUGCCCCACCAGGCUGCCUGGGUCCGGCCGCCGGGCAGACCCCCGCCCCCGGGAAGACUCCCCACAGGAGGGAGUAGAGGGGGAGGGGAGGAGCUUAGUGCCAGAGGAGGAAGGGAGUGACUGUUGUGAUUGCUGUGGAGGAGGUGGGGCAGUGGGGCAGCAGGAUCCCAGCAACACAGGCCCUGGGGAGGAGGGGGAGCAGGAGGGGGAGGAGGGGCUGGUAGGCUGUGUGGGACAACCUCUGCGGCGUGAACUUCACUGUGGGUGUAGCGAAGCCUUGAGUGGUGGUGGCGGUGGUGGAGGCGGUGGUGUUGGUGGCAGUGGUGGGGGAAGUGGGGGACUGGGUACUGACACCCCCCAUGAGGACACACCCCCAGACCUACCCCUCCAGGUGCCUCAACCAGUCCCCCCACUCGCACUUGCUGAUGGAGACUCCUCCUCAUCUUCCUCCUCGUCCUCCUCGUCCUCUGACGGGGAGGACCCGGGUGAGGGGCAGGAUGAGGACAAUGAGGAUGAUGAGGACGAGGAGGACGAGGAGGGCCACAUGGACGAGGACGGCCUGGAGGAGGAGAGUGACUACUGCAUGACUAUUGACCUGCCAUGCUCACCCUCAGGGGACAAGAAGCAGAUCAAACGCAAGUCAGAGGUUUGUUCAGACUCCAAGGGUGUGUGUCCUGUGAAGAAGUCAUGUAAGGCAGUGGAGCACAGCGGUGAGAACAGCCGCAGAAAGGUGAGUGGUCUGGCAGGCCACAAGGUGUCGCCGCCCCCAGCUGGCCUCAAGUCCUGGCUGGCCAAGUACCAGACUUGGUCACCUGCCCAGAAGCGCUAUGCCCUUGACUCUCUCAUCGACGUCUGUGAUCUUAAUGAGGUACGUCACCUCCACCAAAUCAUCCUGCCCCAGUUCCAGCGGGACUUCAUCUCCUUGCUGCCAAAAGAACUCGCUCUCUACGUGUUAAGCUUCCUCCCCCCGAAGGAUCUCCUGAGGGCAGCUCAGACCUGCAAAUACUGGAACAUCCUGGCAGCUGAUAAUCUCCUGUGGAGAGAGAAGUGCCGGGAGGCCGGCAUAGAGGACCACAUGGUGGUGAUGGACCGCCGCCGCCGCAAGGGCACCAGCAUGAGCCACGUGUCUCCGUACAAGACUGCCUUCAUGCGGCAGCACAGAAUAGAGAUGAACUGGCGCAUGGCCAGUCUCCGGCCCCCACGGGUCCUCAAGGGGCACGAUGAUCACGUCAUCACCUGUCUACAAUUCUCGGGGAACACCAUUGUCUCCGGCUCUGACGACAACACCUUGAAGGUCUGGAACGCCACUUCUGGCAAGUGCAUGCGGACCUUGACGGGACACACGGGCGGCGUCUGGUCAUCCCAGAUGUCUGGCAACCUGAUAGUGAGCGGCAGCACUGAUCGGAUGCUGCGGGUGUGGGACGCUGACACCGGCGAGUGCUACCACAUCCUGUACGGCCACACCUCCACCGUCAGAUGCCUCCACCUCCACGGGAACAAGGUGGUGAGUGGGUCCAGGGACGCCACACUGCGGGUUUGGGACGUGCGCACUGGUGCCUGUGAGCGUGUGCUGGUUGGCCACGUGGCAGCAGUGCGGUGUGUGCAGUACAAUGGGAGGCUGGUGGUGAGCGGGGCAUAUGACUACAUGGUGAAGGUGUGGAAUGCUGAACGUCAGGAAUGCCUCCACACCCUGCAGGGACACACCAACAGGGUCUACUCUCUCCAGUUUGAUGGUGUCCACGUGGUGAGUGGUUCGCUGGACACCAGCAUUCGAGUGUGGGAUGUGGAGACUGGACAGUGCCGCCACACCCUGAUGGGACACCAGAGCCUCACGUCAGGCAUGGAACUCAAAAAUAACAUCCUUAUAUCCGGCAAUGCUGACUCCACUGUCAAGGUGUGGGACAUUGUGACUGGCCGGUGUCUGCAGACUCUCUCAGGGCCCAAUAAGCAUCGGUCCGCAGUCACCUGCCUCCAGUUCAACAACAUGUUUGUGGUGACGUCUUCGGACGACGGGACAGUGAAGCUGUGGGAUGUGCGGACCGGGGAGUUCCUCAGGAAUUUGGUGGCCCUGGAGUCGGGGGGGUCAGGGGGAGUGGUGUGGCGCAUCAGAGCUUCGGACACUAAGCUGGUGUGUGCGGUGGGCAGCAGGAACGGGACCGAGGAAACCAAGCUGCUUGUGUUGGACUUUGAUGUGUACGACAACGUCAAGUGAUACAUGGGGAGGCUAGUGUCAGGCAGUGUGCUGUCCUCCAUGUAUACUUACAAAGUUCAAAGUGAUGUUAUAUUGACUGUGCUGCCAAGUAACCUCGUGGUCAUAGUUUCUCUGGUUGUCAGUUGGACAGUGUUUGUGGUGACUAACAUUUCCCUGGUGCUAAUACUGUACACACAAGGUCGUCAUCGGACACUCACCGUCAUCAUCGUCAUCGUUCACCUCAACCGGGCGGGUUUAGUUAGUGGAUCAUCGUCAUUUCCUUGUGUUGUAAAGUGUCAUCUGAUCUUGCUUUUCUUUGUUGCAGUACGUUCUUCGGCAAACCUGCAUUCAGGUCUUAACAGAGUCUCCUGUCUUCUUCAAAACUCAUUGAGUGUUUUAUUAGUUUGUGUAUUUUUAAGCUUAGUUGAAGAUUGAGUUCUGGUUUGGUAAGGAAAUUCUUUUUGUUUCACAUGUUUCUCUUUAAAGGAGUCAAAUGGAUGGGAUAGAUUUGUAUACCAAGCUAGUGAUGCCCAGACAAGUAUGUGUGUGUGUGUGUGUGUGUGUGUGUGUGUGUGUGUGUGUGUGUGUGUGUGUGUGUGUGUAAGAGAGAAAGAAGCAAGAGCAGUCAUCUGGGCCACUGCUUGGCUGCCGGAUCAUCAGCAAUAACAGUCUAAUGCGCCAAAGUCUGAUGAGCAAAGGAAUGAAGGAAGAGCAUGAUUGCUUGUGUGAUGAGCAAGGGAGGAGUGUGAGGGAGGGCAUGUUUGCUUGGGCAGAGUCUGGCUGGUGGAGAGGACGGCUGGGGCCAAACAUGGAGGCUGCAGCAGAUGGUGGGCAAGCCCAGCCAGACCAGGGGAGAGCCUCAGCCAGUCACCUCAAGGCACACCAGAGUGUCCUCACCUCAAGUACAUAUCACCAAAUGUCUUGCUCAGCGUGUCAGGUCAGAUAUAGUUCACGAAAGCGAUAAUGAAAGGUCAGCAUAAAAAAGGAGUUGUAUAUAUAUUUUUAUAUGUACAAUUUUAUUAGUUUAUCAUUUGACGAAGCACUUUUUACUUGACACACUCAUGGGCCAUACCGAUGCCAUUUUGUUUGGUUUAUAUUGUAGUGUAGGAUGGUUUUCAAAGCUUGUGAAAUACAGAGGCUUUAUGUUGUGUAUGUUUAGGAGACACUUACCUGCUGGGGUGUGUCUCAAGAAGCAAAUUAUUCCAGAAUUUUAUCUGUGAUGCCUUUAUAUUGAUUCACGAAUGGCAGUGUUGCCGGAGCCCUGUCACCUUCCUCUCCUGUAGUUCUCGUUCUGUGUUCUGUUCUUUUUUGCCUCAGAUUAUUUUUUAUAAGGGUCUUGUGCCCUACCAAAAAGAACAGUGUUCUGUAUUAUGUUAUAGGAAGGAAUUUAGCUAUGAUGGAGCAUACAUAGAGGUCUAGUCUGCCAUUUCUGUGUGACAGUCCAUGCUGCUUUUUUUUUUUUUUUUUUUUUUUUUUUUUUUUUUUUUUUUUUUUAGUAAUUUCAUUUUUUGUAUCAGUUUUUUGGUUUAGAAAACAGGAACAGUGAGAAGAGAUGCCAGCAGCGUGGCUUGCAGGCCAUACGGAAAUGUUGGCUGCAGGGGGAGCAUUGCAUUUCCUCAGGACCCCUUCCCUCUGCAGCAAGAGUGGCGGUGGCAGCCACGUGCCACAUGAGGCAUUGCAGUGCCUCACGUGGCCCUGGGCUGAAUGGAGGCGUGGUGCAGCUAAGCAUGUGCUCACCAGUAUGGGCACUUGCUUCUGCUGGCAUGUUUGUGCAGCAUCUGGGCAGCAACUUGCAAACAUUACUGUUUUUGUACACCAGGAUGAAGUGGCAGGUUUUCGUGUCAUUACCUCGUUGCUUGACACUUUCCAUUAUACUCAUUUUUUUGCUUAUUAAAUGACAAAGUGCAUUCUGAAUAUUUUGUCAGUUCCAUUUUGUGUUGAAAAGUUUUAUGAUUGUUCAGGAAAUAAUUUUUGUUCUCUUUUAGAUAGAACCAGUGUUGGGUUGCAGAGGCUCUUAGUGUUCACAUUCAAUUUAUAGUUUGGAGUGAAGCAUGAGAAGGGUUGCAGUGAAUACUACUUGUAAACCUAAACUGAGUUCCUGCCCCACUGUAGUGCCGCUAAGCCAGUCCCUGGAAGCCAGGACCUGGCCUGUGCCAGUCCCUGUCUUGUAACUAGCACGACUAGCUGCCAUGUACUAUUGGUUCCUUCCUCGCUUUUGAGAGGAAGGUUAAUGAACAGUGACCUAGAGCAUGGUUGUUUUGCUGGAGGGCUUGGAGUACGUCGCUGACACGCGGCCACCCAACCAAUGAAAGGUAGCAACACUCAAGGAAAACUGUGCUGACUUAGGCACUGGGUGAUUCCACACAGCAAGCGUCGCUGAGGGGAAGAAAAGAGCGAGAGUAAACAUUUUUAUAUUGCCUGCAAGACCACCCGUAGUCUCUUAGUCGUGAGUAUAUAUAUUGUAUAUAUAUACAUACUUUACCUGCUGCUGAAUAUUCAUAAACAUUUUGUCACUUACUCAGCCGUCCAUUGUUUAGAAUAUAAAAAUGUGUUAUUUUUCCCAUCUGCGCCGAGGAGUGAGGGGUGCGUGGCCUCGCCCGCCGCGCCUCGUCAGGGCUGGGCAUUUGUAAACCUGGAUAAGAAAUAGUUUAGUAUUUUCUUUUCUUUCGGAAGAGAAAUGAGAUUGCUCAAGUUUUUUUAUUCCUUUAUUUUGAAAAUGUGCAUGUAUGUGUAUAAAUAUUUGUAUAUUUAUACAAGAAGUGCAUGAGAACAUAGACAAUUCAUCGCCACACACUGAAGAACACAACCCUCACGCCCACCAACACAGAGAACACUUGAUGCAUAAUACUGAACACCACGGCAGCAGGAAGGGCCGUCGCACGUCCGCCCCUGUCCGCCGUGAGCGCCACACUGAACACUGGGCUGAAGCAAUUUCUUAUAUUUACAUGAACAUACUUAACCUUAAUGUUUGACUUGGGAAUAUGUGGUCAUUACUGUGUAAUUAUGUUUCACCACUUAGAUGAAUACAAGAAAAUGAGUCAUAACUCUUGGUCCUUGUGGUAAUAAAAUUACUCCUUUUUUUUUA